UCGCUAGCAUAUAAAUACAAGUGUAGCCCGAAAAUUUGAAUCAUUCGAUAUCAGUUUGGAAAGCUUCAUAGCCGGCUGCUCUGAACUUAACGUCAAUACAACCAAUAAUCUCAAUUUCUUCUUGUGUGUGUUAAAAGAAAAACUAAUUUAUCAAAAUGCGUGAAUGUAUCUCUAUCCAUGUUGGUCAAGCUGGUGUACAAAUCGGUAACGCCUGCUGGGAAUUGUACUGCUUGGAACAUGGCAUCCAGCCUGAUGGUCAGAUGCCUUCUGAUAAGACUGUCGGCGGUGGUGAUGAUUCUUUCAACACCUUCUUCAGCGAAACUGGCGCUGGCAAGCAUGUGCCCCGUGCCGUUUUCGUCGAUUUGGAACCCACUGUAGUCGAUGAAGUGCGUACCGGUACCUACCGUCAAUUGUUCCACCCUGAACAAUUGAUCACUGGUAAGGAAGAUGCCGCCAACAACUACGCUCGUGGUCACUACACCAUUGGCAAGGAAAUUGUUGACUUGGUCCUCGAUCGCAUCCGUAAAUUGGCUGAUCAAUGUACCGGUCUCCAAGGUUUCUUGAUCUUCCACUCCUUCGGUGGUGGUACCGGCUCCGGUUUCACCUCCUUGUUGAUGGAACGUUUGUCUGUCGAUUAUGGCAAGAAAUCCAAAUUGGAAUUCGCCAUCUAUCCCGCUCCCCAAGUGUCCACCGCUGUUGUAGAACCCUACAACUCCAUUUUGACUACCCACACAACCUUGGAACACUCUGACUGCGCCUUCAUGGUCGACAAUGAAGCCAUCUACGACAUCUGCCGUCGUAACUUGGACAUUGAGCGUCCCACAUACACCAACUUGAACCGUUUGAUCGGCCAAAUUGUUUCCUCCAUCACCGCCUCUUUGCGUUUCGACGGUGCCCUCAACGUUGAUUUGACUGAAUUCCAAACUAACUUGGUGCCCUACCCACGUAUCCACUUCCCCUUGGUCACCUAUGCUCCCGUCAUCUCUGCCGAGAAGGCCUACCACGAACAAUUGUCGGUUGCCGAAAUCACCAACGCCUGUUUCGAACCCGCCAACCAGAUGGUUAAGUGCGAUCCUCGUCACGGCAAGUACAUGGCCUGUUGCAUGUUGUACCGUGGUGAUGUUGUGCCCAAGGAUGUCAAUGCCGCCAUUGCCACCAUCAAGACCAAGCGCACCAUUCAAUUCGUUGACUGGUGUCCCACUGGCUUCAAGGUCGGUAUUAACUACCAACCACCCACUGUUGUGCCCGGUGGUGAUUUGGCCAAGGUACAACGUGCCGUCUGCAUGUUGUCCAACACCACCGCCAUUGCCGAGGCUUGGGCUCGUCUCGAUCACAAGUUCGAUUUGAUGUACGCCAAGCGUGCUUUCGUCCACUGGUACGUCGGUGAAGGUAUGGAAGAAGGUGAAUUCUCCGAAGCCCGUGAAGAUUUGGCUGCCCUCGAGAAGGAUUACGAGGAAGUCGGUAUGGACUCUGGUGACGGUGAGGGCGAAGGUGCUGAAGAAUAUUAAGCAGCCAAACCCAUCAUCGACAACCAUCAAAACCAAAAAAAAGACAGAAGAAGUGUGUAUUGAAAAAAUUCUCGACCUAUUAGCUGAAACUACUCAACUAAACAUUCAAUAUACUUUUUUUAAACAAACUGUUAUUUUAAAAAUGAUAACGAAUCCAAAACAAAAUACUUGUAAAUUUUUUUUAUUUUCAAAUUUGAAAAAACAUGAAUGAAAAGAACAAAUUUUAAAGAAAUGCACUUUAAAAACACGAAAAAAACAAGAACCUAAUAAAAUGAAAGGCUUAAGCUGCAUUGAAUGAAAAUAUUCCAAAAGAAAA